ACAUAUUUACUGGCUGUGGUAUUGUAGUGUGUGAUGCGAUGACGAUGAGUGUAUAUUGAUUAGUUUAUCUGAACUCAACAAUCUAAAACUAUAUAAUUUGUCCGGCUCAGUCUCAGAGAAGAUUAGUCGGCAAAUUAUCCGUUUUCCGUAAACAAAGUUUCAGUUGUGUGGGUGAUUCGGAGUUUCCAUGUUGAUGUCCAUCCAAACAGAACAAUGGCAAUGCUCGGGAAUUUUUUCAUCUGCUCCACCGAUACAAACGCAACUAAUUUCGACAGUUCCUACAAGGAGGUCAUAAAGGAUUUGGUCCCAGAAUGGAUUUGUACAUUGGAAUACAUUCCUUGGUUAUGGGCCAUGUUUGGUUCCCUCCUAGUCGGCCUCAGUGGCGUGCUGCCUCUCCUUGUCAUCCCGAUUGACGAGACUGACGUUCUGAAACAAGGAGCCAAUGCUAGCAGGCUCAAGACGCUGUUGAGUUUUGCUGUUGGUGGACUAUUGGGAGAUGUAUUCCUCCAUUCCCUUCCCGAAAUAUGUUCCAACGACAACCACGAUACAAGAAUAGGUGGACAUCAUUUUUCGCGAAGUGGACUUCUGAUAUUAACAGGUCUCAUUGUAUUUGUGACUGCCGAAAAGUUAUUCUCUGUGAUAGAACAAGCUGCUGAAGAAAAUACUAAUACGGACACUACAGAAAAUAACAACACAAAAGGAUCCAAAUUACAAGAACAUAAAACCUCAAUGGUGGCAGGUUACUUGAACCUGGUGGCCAACACUUUGGACAACUUCACGCACGGUCUCUCCCUGGGCGGCGCCUUCUUGGUCUCGCCCAAAAUCGGCCUGCUCACCACUUUCGCCAUCCUCGUCCACGAGAUCCCCCACGAGGUGGGAGACUUCGCCAUCCUGCUCAGAUCGGGCUUCACCAGGUGGCAUGCGGCCGUCUUUCAAAUCCUGACCGCCGGCGGAGGACUAAUCGGCGCCAUGUUCGCCAUCGUGUCUAGCGGGGCGAAGACUUCCUUAGAGGCAAGAAGCUCUUGGAUAUUACCAUUCACUACUGGGACAUUCCUUCACAUAGCUCUGGUCACUGUUCUUCCCGAUUUGUUGAAGGAAGAUAACCCAAAGGAAUCCAUCAAACAACUUUUAGCUUUAAUUUUCGGGAUUGUGCUGAUGGCAUUCGUCACGAAUGUGUUUGAGUGAGAGAAAAAAGUGCUGUGUUGAAAAAGUUGCCAUACAUUUUAUAAAUUGUACGAUAUUAUAUUUCACAUGUAAAUAUUUACAGUAUUUUAGUUUAGAAUAGGAGACAGUUUGAUAUCAGAGGAAAUAAUUGAAACAGGUUACUCACAUUUUAAUUUUAUUUGAAUAAGUGUAUUUUAUUUGUUAGUUUAUUGGAUCAAUCUAUCAACUGUUGAUCCCAAGAUUUUCUUCUAGGAAAAAAUGAGAAAACUAUACAUUGAUUAGUGAUUCAUUUUCGUUAUUUUAAUAUUUUCGAGUUCCUUAUUUUCAUCACAUGUCCACUUGAUUUUGAAUCGAUUGUAUUUUGAUGACAAGAAAAAAUAAAGAGAUUUAUAGA